GCAUGACCUAAAAGCUAAAAGACAUGGUACUUGUUCUUUUCGAAAGGGACAUAUCCAACCGGCAACAUCUUCUAACUGACGAUAGAUGUCCAUGUCGUACCGACAGAAUUUUAUGAACGCACGGAUGAUGUCAAAAAUUGCUUUUGUCUCUCGCAUGUCAACGGUGGCAGUUCACCGGACCCUCUUUCGGCCAUUGUUUGCUGUUCGCAGCUAUGCACCUUUCGGGUCGCAAAUGAGCGAUAACGAUCCUCAUGUGUUGGAAAGGGAGAAGCGCCGCAUCUUGGAAGGUCAUGUUAAGGGAGUCCUUCCUGAUGUACCCCAUUGGGACGAAAAGCUCGCAACUGAUUCUGAAGCCAUAGUCAAAGCAGACCGAUCCUUUGUCGGCGCACCCCCGGAACAGCUCCAAUACAUAAGCUUGGACAUUCUCGAAGAAGAGCUGAUCGAAGAAACUACCGCGGACACGGAGGCUCAAUCGACUGGAAAACAUGGAACGGUUGCAGGUGGUGAGAAGGAUGCGUGAAUUUGGGGUGGUUGUAAAUAGUUGAAUUUGCUUUCAAGUGUAUAUGCGGCUUGUCAACUGGAAAUAUAUUUCAAUUGGGCAUUCUUGUAAAAUGGUCAUGCGACA